UCUUCCGUGGCUGCUUCGAGCCGGAGUGGCGGCGCAGGAGGCUGCCGGCGCUGCUGCUGCUGCUGCUGGAGGAAGGAUUGCGCGUGUCUCUGCGCACAAGCGGAUCAGGCUGGUGGCUGGACUCCUCGGCUAAAGCAGCACUCAUGUGACUUGGAAGAAGAAAAAUGAGGUGAAACCCAGCAGAAAAUUUAUUGGUGGUGCCUGAUGGGGGGAAAAAGAGCACAGAAUAAAAGCUGGAGCACAAUUUAAGAAGAUAAAUGGAUAACCUGAUUUGUUAACAAGAAAUUAAAAAAAAUGGAGAAGGUAAAUAAAAAAAGAUGGUGCUCUCCACGUAGCAAAAGCUUCACUUCUGAACCAAGCAUUAAACCUCAGUGCAAAAUGCAAGCAGGUGUGAAAUCAUAUGAAUGUUUACGCUGUGGAAAGAGCUUCAGCCAGAGUGGUGAUCUUACUAAACACCACAAAACCCACAUUGGGGAGAAACCACAUCAAUGUUUGGAGUGUGGGAAGAGCUUCAGCUCUAGUGCAGAUCUAACUAGGCAUCGUAGAACCCACACAGGAGAGAAACCGUAUAAAUGUUUGGAGUGUGGAAAGAGCUUCAGCACGAAUGGAGCUCUUACUAUACAUCACAAAACCCACACUGGGGAGAAACCACAUCAAUGUUUAGAGUGUGAGAAGAGCUUCAGCACUAGUGUAUAUCUAACUAGGCAUCUUAGAACCCACACAGGAGAGAAACCGUAUAAAUGCUUGGAGUGUGGAAAGAGCUUUAGCACUAAUGGAGCUCUUACUAUACAUCACAGAAUCCACACUGGGGAGAAACCAUAUCAAUGCUUGGAGUGUGGAAAGAGCUUUAGCACUAAUGGAGCUCUUACUAUACAUCAUAGAACCCACACUGGGGAGAAACCACAUCAAUGUUUGGAUUGUGGAAAGAGCUUCAGCACUAGUGUACAUCUAACUAGGCAUCUUAGAACCCACACUGGAGAGAAACCACAUAAAUGCUUUGAGUGUGGAAAGGGCUUUGGCACGAGUGAAGCUCUUACUCUACAUCAUAUAACACACACUGGGGAGAAACCUCAUCAGUGUUUGGAGUGUGGUAAGAAGUUCAGCACGAAGGGAAAUCUUGAUAUACACCAUAGAACCCACACUGGGGAGAAACCACAUAAAUGUUUGGAGUGUGAGAAGAGCUUCCGCACUUCUGCACAUCUUACUAGGCAUCUUAGAACCCGCACUGGGGAGAAACCCUAUAAAUGCUUGGAGUGUGGAAAGAGCUUCAACACAAGUGGAAAUCUUAACAAACACCAUAGAACCCACACUGGGAAGAAACCAUAUAAAUGUUUGGAGUGUAAGAAGAGCUUCAGCAGCAGUGGACACCAUCGAAUCCACACUGGGGAGAAACCAUAUAAAUGCUUGGAGUGUGGAAAGAGCUUCAGCAGCAGUGGACAACUUACCAGACACCAUCGAAUCCACACUGGGGAGAAACUACAUAAAUGCUUGGAGUGUGGAAAGAGCUUCAGCAGCAGUGGACAACUUACUAGUCACCAUCGAAUCCACACUGGGGAGAAACCACAUAAAUGCAUGGAGUGUGAGAAGAGUUUCAGCACCAGUGGACAACUUACUAUGCACCACAGAACCCAUACUGGGGAGAAACGACAUCAAUGUUUGGAGUGUGGAAAGUGGUUCAGCAAGAGUGGAGAACUUACUAUACAUCACAGAACCCACACAGGAGAGAGACCGUAUAAAUGCUUGGAGUGUGGAAAGAGUUUCAGCACGAGUGGAGCUCUUACUAUACAUCUCAGAAUCCACACUGGGGAUAAACCAUAUCAAUGUUUGGAGUGCGGAAAACGUUUCAGCUCAAGUGGAGCUCUUAAAAUACAUCACAGAAUCCACACUGGGGAGAAACCACAUCAAUGUUUGGAUUGUGGAAAGAGCUUCAGCACUAGUGUACAUCUAACUAGGCAUCUUAGAACCCACACUGGGGAGAAACCACAUAAAUGUUUGGAGUGUGGAAAGAGCUUCAGCCAGAGUGCAGAUCUUACUAUGCACCAUAGAACCCACACUGGGGAGAAACCACAUAAAUGCUUGGAGUGUGGAAAGCGUUUCAGCUCAAGGGGAAAUCUUUAUAAACACCGCAGAACCCACACUGGGGAGAAACCAUAUAAAUGCUUGGAGUGCAGAAAGUGCUUCAGCCAGAGUGGAAACCUUGCUUUACACCAUAGAACGCACACUGGAAGAACAGAGGCACACCUUACUGCACAUGUGCAAAUUGAAAAAGGAUAAACUGAAACUCAUGAAACUGCAGACAAACAUGAGAAUUUCCCUCAAUUUGUGAAAUAGAAACCAUUCUGAGAUUUCUGCUUCUGAUUUAGCUUGCUUCCCUCUGCACAAUUUUAUAGCUAUGUUUUGUAUCUGUGUUAUGAAUAAAUGUCCAUAAUCCAUUCAAGUAGA